GGAACAGCAGAGUAUGGUGUGACCAAAUUUAGUGAUCUCACAGCUGAGGAAUUUAGGAGUUACGGAAUAAAUUCCAGUACUGGUAUGGAUCUAUCCAAUCUAAAACGAGCAGUAACUUCAGCUACAUUUCCAUUCAGUCAUGACUGGAGGAAAAUGGGAGUUAUUUCAGAAGUGAAAGAUCAGGGGCAGUGUGGAUCUUGUUGGGCCUUUGCAGCAGUUGGAAACAUUGAGGCACAGUGGGGAAUACAAGGAAAUCCCAGGAACCUCUCAGUACAACAGAUUAUAGACUGUGGUCCAUGUGAUGAUGGCUGUACAGGAGGAUACACAUGGGAUGCAUACAUCACUGUUCUAAAAGAAGGAGGAUUAGUUAGUGAGGAUCAAUACCCAUAUUACGCUGUAAGAAAAGAAUGUAGAAAAGGUCUUUCACCUGUAGCAUGGAUCCAUGAUUUUCAGAUGCUUGCAAAGAAUGAGACAGAAAUGGUCACUUAUGUUGGAAACCAUGGAACUCUGACAGUAAUUAUCAACAACGCAUUGCUGCAGCAUUACAAAAAUGGAAUCAUACAUAAUCUCCAUCAUAACUGCAGUCCUGAUUACUUAAAUCAUGCCGUCUUGAUAGUAGGAUAUGUGAAAAAAAAACAGAUACCUUACUGGAUUGUGAAGAACAGCUAUGGUCCUAACUGGGGAGAGAAGGGGUAUUUUAGGAUUUUUCUUGGAAAAAAUAUUUGUGGAAUUACAAAA